AUGCUGCGUCGGUACGACUCGAGAACAACGAUCUUCUCGCCCGAAGGGCGUCUCUAUCAAGUGGAAUACGCCCAGGAGGCCAUUUCCAAUGCCGGUACCGCAAUUGGCAUUCUUUCCACUGAGGGUGUCGUGCUUGCAUGCGAGAAGAAGGUGACGUCGAAAUUGCUCGACGACGACGGGUCUCCGGAGAAGAUCUACGUGGUUGACGACCAUAUGGUGGCCGCUGUUGCCGGGAUGACGGCUGAUGCGACCAUCUUGGUCAAUCAUGCUCGAGUGCAAGCUCAACUUUACUUGAAGAAGUAUGGUGAGCAAAUUCCUUGUGAACAAUUGAUCAAACAAGUUUGCAACAUCAAGCAAGGUUACACUCAGCACGGGGGGUUGCGUCCGUUUGGUGUUGCCUUCCUUUAUGCUGGGUACGAUGAUCGCUACGAAUUCCAAUUAUACCUGUCGAAUCCGUCGGGCAACUACCUGGGGUGGAGAGCAACAUCGAUCGGGGCCAACAACUCCGCGGCUCAAACUCUUUUGAAAAAGGACUUUACUGACGAUAUCUCGUUGAAGGACGCGUGUUUCCUCGCGGUGAAGGUGUUACUGAAGACGAUGGACUCGCUGAACUUGAAGCUGGACAAGUUGGAAUUUGCCACUUUGAGUAAGACGAAGGAUGGCAAGGUUGUCCACAAAGCGUGGCUGCCCAAGGAUAUCGAUGCGCUUAUCGCUGACUCGGGGGUAUUGGAUGACAAAGAUCUGGAUGAGUAG